GAGGAGGUCUUUAGCCGCCCGCCGCGCGCUGGGCGCGGCCGCCGGCCGAGCUCGGAGUGGCCGCCCGAGUGGGGCGGCGGGCGGGGCAGCGGCGCGCCGCCGCGGUCCUGGCGGCAGUGGGCGGAGGAUGGUGGCGCUCCGACGCCGGCGCUGGCGGCGGCGGCGCCCGCGCUGCGAGGGAGCGGCGACGGGGCGGCCGUGGGCCACCCUCGGACGAGGAGUGGACCGAGUCCGAGGAGGAGGACUGACGAGGACGAGGACGAGGACGAGUUCCAGUGGCAGAGGCGCAGGCGCGGCGCCAAGGGCCGCCAGGGCCGACAGCGCGGCGGCCACGAGGCCGCCUCGGCGCCGGACGAGCUCUGGGUCGCCAUUCCUGGCACUGGACCGCACACGUCCGCGCCGGGCGGGUGGGACGGCCUGGUGGGCGGGUACAGGCGCUUGGAGGAGAGUCGUUCAACGGCCGCCCCGCCUUCUCGAAGGAGGAGAAGAGGCGGACGGUGUACCUCUUCUGGAGCCAGGGGUUCGGAGACUGGAAGUUCGCGGAGCGCCUGGAGGACGACGGCAUGUGCGUGGGUUUCGCAGAAGAUCCCCGCGGCAGGAAACACCCGUGGGCGCGGUCGGCGCUGCGCUGGCGACUGUACGACCCCGCAAAGCGUCGCUUCACACCCAGGCGGCUGUUCGUGGACGCCUGCAAGGUGUACCCUGGCCCACAGGACGAGGAGGAGAGCGACGGCGAGGCACCGCCGUGGUCCAGGCCUCCCUGGUCCCAGUGGUCUACCGCCGACCUCUUCAGCUGGGCGGAGCGGCACGGCAUCUGCCUGCAGGGGUGCUUCGACCGCGAGGCCAUCGCGGAGAAGGUCGCCUCGGCCGCCGCCGCGGCCUCCUCCGGCUGCGGGCGGCGCUCGGGCCGCGGCCGCGGCACUGCGCAGGACCAGAGGAGGAGGAGCCGCGUGGCGCGCGGCGCGCCGCGCGGGCCGGCGAGGGGCACGCCCCGGGCGGCGAGGACGGCGACGAGCACCACAGGCGAGGGCGCUCGCGCUCGUGGACGUCGGCGUCGAGUCGAGGGUCCACCGGCACAGGGGCGGCUCCCCUGGCGCGCAGGGCUGCAGGGUUGCGUCGCGCGUGAAGACGGACGGCUCGUUCACCCGGCCGCCCGUGCUGGACCACCGCGCGUCGCUUUACGGCAACCGCGUGGAGAGCUUCGUUGGCGAGGAGCCCUGAGAUCCUGGCGUCGCAACUUCUUCACAGCGGGCGUUUUCGCUUGAUUUCGGGCCCCACGGAUCGAUCUGGCUCGGAAAAUGGCGUAGAAAAAUCGGGUCUAGGGCUCCGGUCAUGAAUGAAUUGUGCGCGAUGUUGCAAAUGUUUGCAACAUCAGAUGUGAGGGAGCUCCGGAGCCCCGAGUCGAGGGUACUUUGGGAAGGGGUCCCGAGCCAAGGUGGGGCCAUGGAGCGAAUGCAGCUUGAGGCUGAUGUGUCCCUCUUCCGGGAGAGCCGCUUAGAGCGAGUUCCUCCUGACCCAGACUGGUCCUCUACCGCACUUGCCCACUCACUCCUACAUCCCCCCCGAUCGAGCGCCUGGAGCGCUCGAGCUCCCCGAAGCCUUUAGCGCAGGGGCCCUGGACCUGAGCCUCGCAGGCUGCAAGCAGGCCUCGGAGCCCUGAGUUGGCGGGCGAAGAGCGGUAUAAGACUUAGGUCGGGCAUGUCCUCCUGCAGGC